AUGUAUGGAAAUAGAAUAUUAUUUUUCCUUAUUUUAUUUUCUCUUUUAUGUCUUGUUAAUGGUCAAUUUCAAUUGACAGAUUUAUCAAGUAAUACAGAUAAAAUAAAAUAUUUAGAAUCAGAUGGCUCAACAUGUAAUUUUAAAAUUCCAAUUUUAGCCAAUGGUUCAGGAACUUUGAAUUUUUUAAGUGAAAAUACUAUUCCUGCACAAUGGUUUCCAUAUUCAUAUUCAUCAGGUUCUAAUACUCUAUUUCUAAUAGAGUUUAGUUCAAUAAAAAAGGGAGAAAAAGAGUUUACUAUUUCAGCAGAUAGUGCUCCUUCAAUUAAAAUAACUUUAUCAUUAUCAAGUAAUCAAAGACCUAUUUAUUCAUUAUCAACAUCAUUCAAUAAUAUUCAAAUUUAUGUAUCACCAAGACCAAUCUCUGGUAAUGCAAAUAAUAUUACCUACAUAGUUUAUUGCCCUCGUUUUGAAAAAAGUGGAAAACAAGUAUAUAAUUUAAACUCAUUUUUACCAUUUGGUAAUGCUACUAUAUCAACAAUAAGUAAAUUUUAUAAUACUCUAAGUAUUUUUAAUAAUAAUUCAGCAAAUAUAAUUUCAAAUAAUCAAAUAGGUGAAGCAUCAUUUGAUCUUUCAUUUGAAAAUUUAAAAGGUUACGAUUUUAAAACAUAUCAAUACCAAUUUAAAUCAGGAUCAUCUAUAUAUUCAGCAUUUCCAUUUGGAUUUAAGAGUGGAAAUAAUUCAAAAUUUAAUUAUUUAGCAUCGUUUUUAACAUCUAAUCAGUCAAGUAAUCCCACUUCGGAAUUAAAAGUUGAUGAAAUUACAUUUCAAGUAACUCCUAAUCAAUUGGUUCUCACAACAGAUGAUACUCUCCGUAUUGAAGAUUUAAGAUUUUUAGAAGCCACCAAUUUUAAAUUUGUAAUUAGAAUUAUAGCUGGUAGUAAAUAUUUAGUAAAAUACUUUAUUAUACCAUUAAAAAAUGGUUUAAAUAUAAAGAUUGACAAUAGUAAUGUUAUUUCUCAAAAUUUAUUACUUGGAAUUUGGGAAUAUAUUUUCGAUGCUUUUUCAUAUGGAACUGAUUUUGAAGGUAAUAUUAUUAUCUAUAAUUUCAAUGAUCAACAAAAAUCAUAUUCAUUAGGAUAUCCAUAUGAUGCAAAAAAACCUAACAAUAUUUUAUCAUUACCAAAAACUGAUCUAUCAAAUUGUAAUUAUUUACAAGAUAUUAAAAAUAUUUCAUUUUUAAAUAAUAAUAUUGAUUUAACUAAUCAAAAUGUUGAUAAUAUGAUAUAUUUUUCAUUUGGAAAUAAUAAUAAUAAUUAUAUUACAAAAUCAAUUGGAUUUUCAUUAACUGACCCAAAAUCAUUAAGAGAUCAAGGUUUUAAUGGUGAUAUUUCAAAGUAUUACAAUACAAAAUUAACAUUUGCAAAAUUUGAUUCAAUUAAUAAUAGAUUUAGUGCACCAUUUAAAAUGCCAGCCAAUAUAGUACCAGGUCAGUUGGAUUAUACUAUAAUAUUUGAUAGAGAUAAUAUUAUUCCAAGUGUAGCAUUACCAAUGGAGUAUCAAUUAAAUGUUACAAGUUCAAAUGUUGAUAUUCAAGGACCAAUGAUAACAAAUAUAAUUUAUAAUUAUAAUUCAAUUUCUUUUGGUUGGACAAUUACAAUUGAAGACUCAAUAAAUGGUUUUGAUAGUGGUUAUAUUCUAAUUAGAGGUGUAAUUGAUAAUUCAUUAUACAAUAUUUCAUUCUCAAAUAGGGAUGGUAAAAAUGGUAAUAAUAAAUUUAAAAACAAUUAUGAUAUUCUAAUAGAAUUAGAUAAAACUCAUAAGUGUACAUCACAAAAUUAUUCAAUCAAUUAUGUUUAUUUAGUUGACACAUUUGGUAAUGAAGCAACAUUUUAUAAACAUGCAACUGAUAUACAAUUAAAUAAAAUGGUUUAUAAUUCGGAUUCAACUGGUAAUCCAUUAAUAAAUUUUAUAAAUCAACAAAAUUUAUUUAGUAUUUUAUCACCAGAUUAUUGCAACUCUCCUCAAGUUGAUUCAACAAUUACUUUACUUAGUUUUAAUACAACCACUACUGAAAUAGAUGCUGGUUCAAUUAAUAGAUCUGUAACAUUUGAUUUUGAAGUACAAGAUUCUGUUUGGGGUUUAAAAAAAGAUCAAUAUCCAAUGGUUUAUUUAAUUUCUCAAGAUUUUAAAUCGGUUCAAUGUGUCUCUAAAAUUGUAUCUUUAAAUGAUUUUAAAGGUGUUUAUCAAUGUACUUUUGAUCAAUUACCACUAGGUUUUGGCUUUCCAAAUGGUUUGAGUAUAUCAGUUUAUGGUUUCAUUAAUAAUGGUGGUCAAUUUUAUGGUUUCUCAUCAUCAAUGUUAAAGAGUUUAGGUUUUAAAAAUUUUAUAAGUGUUUUACACUAUAAUCCAAAUUUAAUAUUCAUUACUGGUACAAGUGAGGUAACUGAAUUAGAUAGUGAAUUCUUAAUUUAUGGAACUGCACUCACAAAUGUUAUUACAGCUAGAAUAACUCUUUCAAAUGGUACUCUUAUAGAAUGCCCUUGUAAAAGUACUUUUAAUAGUAUUCUCAAAGUUUUAUUUUUCCCAAUUGGUAUUAAAGAUCCUUUUACAAUUACACUAAAUGGAGUUUUAAAUGAUUAUUCAAAUGUUUACCCGGUUACACCAAUUCAAUAUAAUUUCAAAUAUGAACCAAUAAUAACUGAAACUCCAAUAGUUACAUACCCACCUCAAAAAUGUAAAGGCUCACCAGAAUGUGGUGGUACAUCCAAUGGUUAUUGUUCCAAUUCAGGUUGUAUUUGUUAUUCACCAUGGUUUGGAAUUGAUUGUACAUCUCAAAUUAUAACAGUAGCUCCACCAUUGAUUGAUACUGAUAAACCAAUAACAUCAAUUGAUGUACCAAAAGAUUCAAAUGGUAAUAAUAUAAAAUCAAUUAUAUCAAUUGUUGCAUUAAGAGAAAUUAAUUCAGUAACAAAUGAACAAAUUAAAAUUCACUAUUUUGAAAAAUGGAUUUAUAAAAAUAUCUCCUCAACGAUUUCACAAUAUACAAGUAAUAUUACAAAUGGUGAUGGUGAUGAUGGUAAGCCAAUAACCACUACAACCAUCACAGCAACUUUAGAAUGGUUUUCAGAGAGUAGAAAUAUUUCUUUCGCAAAUCAACAAUUAAUUAUGAAUCCAUCAAGUAUGAAAUAUACCAUAGAACUUUCAUCAUAUGCUUUUUCAAAUUCAUUAUCAAAUUUACAAGUGGUAAUGUCUGCUCAAAUUCAAUCAAACCAAAAAAAUAUUUGUUCAGAUAAAGAUUUUGGAAAUACUACAAUGGAAAAUUCAAACUAUAUAAAAUUACAAGUCGCAUCUAAUAGUUUCUAUGGAAGAUAUAUUAAACGUGGUAUUGUUGAUGGUAAAUUCAUUACGGUUGAAAAUGAAAUUUUAGAUUCAAAAUUUAAUGCAAUUCAAAGUGAAAAUACUGCUCAAACUUUUAUUGGUAUUUUAAUUGGAAGAUAUGUAAAUUAUGCUAUUAUAGAUCCAGACUUUUCAAUAUUAAUUGAAUCAAACUCUGCCAAUUCCAAUUCUCCAAAUUCAAUUUGUUCAGCAUCAAAUUCAACAAAAGUUUCAACUGGACAACUUAUUGGUAUAAUCAUUGGUUCUUUUAUUGCUUUCUUAUCAUUGUUAAUAAUUGUUUUAUUCCUUAUGUAUAAAUCUCCUCAUUGUUUAUUUUUUAAAAUUUUUAUUUAUAAAAUUACUAAAAAGUCAAAAAUAAAUAAAUAA